CAAGAGUCGAUCAAUAAUAACUAUAAAAAGAGAGAGGAGAGAUGUCGAGAGUUUUGUCAGUCGCAUGUGUCUUGCUCGUUAUGUCAUUCGUCCAUGCACGUGCUCGUCAAGUUCCGGGUGAUCAGUUCGAUGAGGGCAAGACGACGCCACAUGACAAUACAAAAACAAGGCUUGUGCAUGCAAAUGCACCAGCUCAGUCAACACCAACCAGUAUCGGUGACAAAAAAUGCAUCGGAGGAGUCGGGGGAUUAGCCGGAGCUGGUGGUUACGCUGGCGUGGGAGGUCUAGGAAUGCCACUCAUUGGUGGUAUUGGCGGCAUUGGUAAAUACGGUGGCAUAGGUGGUGCAGCUGGAAUCGGUGGCUUUCAUGGUAUAGGCGGCAUUGGUAAAUAUGGUGGCAUUGGUGGUGCAGCUGGAAUCGGUGGCUUUCAUGGUAUAGGCGGCAUUGGUAAAUAUGGUGGAAUAGGUGGCGCAGCUGGAAUCGGUGGAUUUCAUGGUCUAGGCGGUGUUGGCGGCCUUGGUGGAGCCGGAGGUGGUAUUGGUGGUGGUAUUGGUAAAGUGGGUGGUAUUGGCGGUAUAGGUGGAGCCGGAGGUGGUUUAGGCGGUGUAGGCGGAGGAGUCGGUGGUGGUAUUGGCAAGGCAGGUGGCGUUGGUGGUGUUGGUGGUAUCGGCGGUGGACACGGCGUGGUCGGUGGAGUUGGCGGUGGGAUCGUUCCACAUCCUUGAAAUGAAGCUUUAUUAGAGAGUUUUUUCGAUUAGGGUUUAGUUAAGGAAUAAGUAACUAGUAGUCGGAUGUUACACUGUUGGUCUUUUGGGGUGAUCAUUAGGGUGACUUUGAUCAUUAGUCUGUCUUUU